UCGAAAUUAGCAAGGAUGUCGAAGGUGAUGAAACUGGGAGAUAAAAGUCUAACUAUAACGAGUAAAAUAUCGUCGCCAAACAAACGAGAAGUUUCUGAAACCGAUCUGUAUUUACUUGGUGCGAUAGAAAAGCUUGUCUAUAGGGUAGAUUUUCUGGAAAACCGUCUCAGAAGAGCAGAAGAAUUAUUAUAUUAUGUGAUUUCCGGAAACAUAAAUAAAAAAGAGCCCUGUCCCACUAAUUAUACCAAAAUUGGUCAGAACUGCUAUUACUUCAGUGAUCGUGAUUUUGAUUGGAAAUCAUCGGCUAGUCUUUGUCGAGGAAUAGGCGGCCAUUUGUUAGAAUUCGACACAAAUGACGAAAAACGCAAUUUAUUAGCUAAUUUGCAAACGAAUUCUAAAUUAAAAGGUAAAAUAUUUUGGACAGGAGGAUUAAAUCCAGGCCUCCUUUGGAUCUGGGCUAGUAGCGCAAAACCUGUUUACCAAAAUACUAAACAAACUGUUCCUGGUGAUGGCAGGUGCUUAAAAUUGUCCUAUAAUUCAACGUCCAGAUUAUAUUCUUAUCAAAGCGAUGAUUGUGGUGCGAGACAUCGAUACGCUUGCAAAUUAACUGUAGAUGACGAAUCAGCAAAUAAGAUUGAGAAAACGGCAAGAAUACUAAUGAACAAACAACAAUAG